GCUGGUUACUGGGAUUGUUCUAGAUGGUUACUGGGAUUGGUCCAGUGGCUACUGGGAUUGUUCUAGCUGGUUACUGGGAUUGUUCUAGCUGGUUACUGGGAUUGUUCUAGAUGGUUACUGGGAUUGAUCCAGUGGUUACUGGGAUUGUUCCGGCUGGUUACUGGGAUUGUUCCGGCUGGUUACUGGGAUUGUUCCGGCUGGUUUCUGGGAUUGAUCCAGUGGUUACUGGGAUUGUUCUAGAUGGUUACUGGGAUUGUUCAGGUUGGUUACUGGGAUUGUUCCAGCCGGUUACUGGGAUUGUUCCAGCCGGUUACUGGGAUUGUUCCAGCCGGUUAUUGGGAUUGUUCCAGUUGGUUACUGGGAUUUUUCUGUCUGCUUACUGGGAUUGUUCCAGCCGGUUACUGAGAUUGUUCCGGCUGGUUUCUGGGAUUGUUCCGGCUGGUUUCUGGGAUUGUUCCGGCUGGUUACUGGGAUUGUUCCGGCUGGUUACUGGGAUUGUUCCGGCUGGUUUCUGGGGUUGUUCUAACUGGUUACUGGGAUUGUUCCAGCUGGUUACUGGGAUUGUUCCAGCUGGUUACUGGGGUUGUUCUAACUGGUUACUGGGAUUGUUCCGGCUGGUUGUUGGGAUUUUUCUGUCUGCUUACUGGGAUUAUUCCAGCUCGUUACUGGGAUUGUUAUGGUUGGUUACUGGGAUUGUUCUAGCUGGCUACUGGGAUUGUUCUAGCUGGCUACUGGGAUUGUUCUAGCUAGUUACUAGAAGCACACAUGCACCUGCUUCACACAAUGCUUGCUUGUCUUCUUUCCAUUAACAAUACACAAUACCUCAUUCUUAAGUUUAAAACCUUCUGCUAUCUCACUAAGCAUAUUUUCCUGCAGUUUUAACUCUAUCUCAGCCAAGCCUAAAACUCAAGCUAUUGUUUCAUGUCCUUGCUUUCUGUUCUAUUGUAACUUUUUCUACUUUCAAACUUUGCAGCUGCACCUAGCUCUAAUUCCUCUGCUCUUUCUGUUUCUAAAACCUGCUUUUCCAACUUUCUAAAAAUCUUCUUACCUUUACUAUUUCCCACAAGCACUGCCCCCAUGGUGUGCUGCUAGUGCUGAUCACAGGAAUUGUGGAAUUCCACAAUUCCAGGGAAAUCAUCAUUCUUUAGGCCUGUAAUCAGUGGGUUUAAAAGGAAGGUAAAGGCUGUAGAACAAGCAUGAAGAGUUGCUCGUGCAACAGCAAUCCCAUCUUCUAAACAACCCCAGGAGCAGCUGUGUUUAAUAGAAUUAACCUUGCUCCAACAGCCUCUCCAGCUGGAAGAGUCUGAGAUUCCCCAGAAAAAUAGAAAUGAGCAGGGAAGAGGUGGGUCAGAUCCAAUAUCUGCCCUUUCAGCACCACAUUUCCACAGGGAGCAAACGGGACUGGAGCUGCAGGAAGGAGAAGAUGCUGAGGGACGUGUAAACCACUUUGCAAGAUCAUCCCCAGGAAAGGAUCUAUAGGAGCCAGAAAUUAGGGGCUCCAUGCUGUGUUUCCACAGCCUUAGAAGCAGGGAAUUUUUAUUCCUACUUUCCAGGAUAUAAAUCUCUUCCAUUGGCACUGCAUUUUGUCAGAUCAGUGAGGCAGGCAAAGCACAAGAAGUGACAACAAAGCAGGGAGGAGGAGGACAUCAGGAAGCCUCCUAAUCCUUGCUGUGCUGCCAAAUGAUGGAAAUGUGAAAGCUGCCAGAAAGAGCAGGGAUCAGAAGUGUCCAUUUCUAAUCAACCAUGGAAAUGAUACCAAAAGAUCACCACAACACAUGUUUACAGCUGAGUAAGGACAGAGCUGAAGAGGCGUCAGCACCGCGGCCGAGAACGCUCGAGGUGGCAGGAGUGGUGCUGCCAGGGACAGUGGUGCUCCCAGGGACAUGGCAGUCACAGCAAAUGCUCUCCUCAAGGCUGGCUACUCCUGACUAAACAGUGCUUUCAGCAGGAAAAGCCAAAAUCUUGCCCAGAGGCAGUGCAGUGCUCCAGAUGGGUCCCAUGCCAACUCCAGCUACAGCAGGUGAGCUGUAACCAGCCUCAGAGUCAGAGCAGGAAUCAAUGGAAAACACAUUGAAAAGAGGAUUGUGUCCAUCUGGAGGAGGAUUGACAUCCAUUUCCACACUGGGAAGAUUGAGUUAUACCAGUUUUGCCUUUUGUUACCCACCUAAGAUUCCUGUUCAGAUUCAACAGGAUGUUGACCUGGAUCUCUCAGAACAGCUCAUGGAGAGGAAAGACCCUCUGACACAAAACCACGUCACUGGAGAGGGAACUGUCAUGUCAGGGAGGGCAUCUGGAAGGUCAAAGUGGGAACAAACCAAUCCCUCCAAGCUGUGUGGCUUUGCAUGGCUGAGUUCUGUUUCCAGCCUUUUGUAGCACAGCUCAUGUUCUUUCCUUAACAAGGAAAGAACUUUUGUGUAAAAUUCAGUAAAUCGAAAAAGCUGCUUCGUGUAAAAUUCAGUAAAUUAAAAAGAAACCCAGACCGAACAUCACGGGCCUGUGGGGGAAAAACUGGAAUUUAAUUUCUCUGCUACAGACUUUUCCCAGAAAAGCCAGGCAUGGGCCAGCAUGAAAUGCAACACCACACAUCUGUGGGGGAUUCUGCCCAGCCCUCCCAGCCUUUUCCGUUUUCAUCAUUUGCCAUCUUUUGGAACCUUCCACGAUGACAACUCACCAGCAGAGCCCAGCUCUUCCCCAGAGGGAGCUCUGGGACACUGGGGCUGCCUGGCAUGGGGAGAAGACACAGGUGAGAGGGAUGGAGGGUGGAAGUCACCUCCUCCACCUCCCCUCUGCUUUUGGAGCAGGGUGAGACCAUGUGUAGGGCAUGAAUGAAGCCUCAUUUCCCCUUCCAGCUGCAACUCAAGGUGUGAGCACUGUGGUGUCUCACGGAAAUGACUCAAGUUCUCAAUGCUGACCUGCCUUGAUGGUCCUCAUCCGGUGGGACAUCGAUUUAUUGUCCUCACGAGCCUCGAGUGACACCGUUUGCUCUUUUCCCCAAGGGCUGGUAGGCCAGCAAGGUGACAAUCGGGGACUGGAUGUGACCACUCUGCCCUGGGAGAGUGACACAUGUGUGUGACGGCCUCUCCUCAGCCCUUCUCAAAAUGUUUGUGCAGGAGCAGCCAUAAAUGCUGCUGUAUUGGCCCGAAGAUGCAAUCCAAGGCGUUUGAGCCUAGGCCUUAUCUACAUCACCUUAUCAGGAGCCAGAGAGCGAGAUGCACCCCGGGAAGGGAGGGGACUGUGCCAGAGGGUUUGGCCUCGUCCCUUCUCUUCUGGCACGGGGAGGGACCGCGGGCAGAGCUGGGUAAUGAUUUGUCAUCGCGAGGACCGGGGUGUCUCUCUCUGCAGAGGAAACCUUGGUGAUUGACAGCGGGGCUGUUCCUGCCACUUCCCUCGCUGUUGUCAGGUAAUAAUGAAGCUUUGUCAGUCCAUCAUGGACAUGGAUAUGCCAGACUAUGUCGACUCCUUGGACUCCUCUUACACCAUGCUGGAAUUCGACAACCUCCGCGUGCUCCCCAACAACACCGAGGCCAUCGCGGCCGAGUCAGCAAACACCAACCUGCUUCCCAACGGUGUCAGCUCCCUGUGCUCCAUCUGUGGGGACAGAGCCACUGGCAAGCACUACGGGGCCUCCAGCUGUGACGGCUGCAAAGGCUUCUUCAGGAGGAGCGUCCGCAAGAACCACGUCUACUCCUGCAGGUUCAAUCGACAGUGUGUGAUAGACAAAGACAAGAGGAACCAGUGCAGGUACUGCAGGCUGAAGAAAUGCUUCAGAGCUGGCAUGAAGAAAGAAGCCGUGCAGAACGAGCGUGACAGGAUCAGCAUCCGCAGGAGCAGCUAUGAGGACAAUGGCUCCCUGUCCAUCAACAUCCUCACCCAGGCUGAGGCCAUGGCACAGCAGUAUUUACCCCUGAGCCCCGUGCACAGCACAGACAUUGCCAUGAAGAAGAUUGCCACCAUCCACGACGUGUGUGAAUCCAUGAAACAGCAGCUCCUGGUGCUGGUGGAAUGGGCAAAGUACAUCCCAGCCUUCUGUGAGCUCCCCCUCGACGACCAGGUUGCCUUGCUCAGAGCCCACGCAGGGGAACACCUGCUCCUCGGGGUAGCCAAGAGGUCCAUCCCGUACAGUGACUUCCUGCUGUUAGGGAAUGAUUUCAUCAUCCCAAUGCACUGCCCAGAGCUGGAAAUCGCUCGUGUGGCCACCAGAAUCUUGGACGAGCUGGUGAAGCCCCUGCGCGACAUCCAGAUCGACGACAACGAGUACGCCUGCCUGAAAGCCAUCAUCUUCUUUGACCCAGACUGCAGAGGGCUGAGCGAGCCGGGCAAGGUGAAGAACAUGCGCUUCCAGGUGCAGGUGAACCUGGAGGAUUACAUCAACGACCGCCAGUACGACUCGCGGGGCCGCUUCAGCGACAUCCUGCUGCUGCUGCCGCCCCUGCAGAGCAUCACCUGGCAGAUGAUCGAGCAGGUGCAGUUCGUGAAGCUCUUUGGAGUGGCCAGGAUCGACAGCUUGCUGCAGGAGAUGCUGCUGGGAGGAACCUCUGCUGAUCUCCAGUACCAGUCAGCACCUCCCAGCCUCAACCUGGAACCACUGCCAGGACAUGUCCUGCAAAGCAACAUGACCUCUGUGAUCCACACUGCUCCAGACCCCUCUCCUGAGACAUCCCUUCCAUCUCCUUCUGCCAGCACAGGCAGUGAAGACUAUAAGCUAGGCUCUAGCGCAGGGCCCAGCACCGUGGUGCAGCUGCUGCCUCAGACAGCGAUGUCCAAGCAGGAGCUUUGAUGGGGAGAGGAGGAAGGAGCAGCUGGGAGCUCUGUGGGAUCCGUGCUGGCAGUGAACCAGGCCCUUUCUCUUUGCAGAGGCCAAGCACAGCUCGUCCAUGCCCGCUGCCGCCCUUCCCCGCCCGUGAGCCAGGGCCAGGCACAGCCUGCAGAGGAGCCUCAGCACGGAAUUCCCACCAGGAGCACCCCGUGGCACAAGGAUUGGGGUUGGUGUCCCCCUCAGCAGGGCCAGGAGUGGCAGCUCUUUGGGGUUUCAGUGUGAGCGGGGCUCGCGAGCCUUCGCUGUGUCCAUCAGCCCCGGUGCCUUGCACAGCUCCUGGUAACCCUGUGUGCACACAGCAGGGCCUCAAUUGGCAUCAAAAGGUCUGGUCCAGCACAAAUUUAAUUGAUUGCACUCCCAUUUCUCCUGCUAAGCUUUAGGAAAAAUAUCAUUGCAAUCCCUUGAAGGCCAAGGCCUUACUCCACCUUGAGGGGCCUUGUCCCAACAGGGCAGCCAACAUUGAAUGCUGUCCAGUUCUUUUUUAUGAACAGAAAUGCCAACAUUUUGCUAUUUUCCAUAAUUUCCAGUAUAUCCAGAGUCCAUUUGUGAGCCAGUGGAUGGGCUCUACUUUGUGAGCACACCUAACACCAGACAGCAGCAAAGAUCUCUGCCUCUCACCGUGGCUGCUGCUCUGGUAAACCCCAAAUCAAGGCUGACUUAUCCCAAACCCUGCUUGUUAUCGCCUGCAAACAUUUUUGGAAGAAGCAAGUGCCCCAAAAUACCUUUUCACAGUACACAGAUGUGAUUUUUCUGUAGUUUUUGAUUUCUUUGUAAUGGCUGCAGUGUGGCUCUAAAUUAGCCAAGAAAAGGAACAAGCAAGUCUGUGAGCCACUUCUCAUAAAAAGGGUUUGUAUUUAAGACAAGGUGCUUCUGCCUUAAUGUAAAAUUUAAUCAGAAGUUCAACAACAAAUUAAAUAAGCCCAGUGGUGACUCCACAGCCUCAAGAGCUCCCAAAGUGCUGCCAUUGUGCUACGGAGUUGAUUUGAAUGAACGGGACCUUAUUACAAAGCAAAUGAUCAGAUUUCCACAAAACCUAAGCUCAUUUGUGCACCAACCUCUGCCAAACAGCCACUGAGGGAUGAGGAGUGGCUGAGCCACUGAGGGAUGAGUCCUGAGCCCUGGGACACAAUGGAGAAUUCCUGGCUCCAACCCUCUGCACAAAUUCCUGACCCACCCCUCCCUGCUGAUGGCAAAGCCGAGCUGGAAGAGCCCAGAGGGGCUUUGGGGAGCCCCUGGAGCUGCUCAGCUGGAGGAAACACAAUCCCAGCCCCUGAAGGGGAACUUGGGAGGAGCAUCAGGACUUCCAGCAGCAGGGGAAUUUCAGCAUUGCCAUUCUGCAGCACCAGGGAGAGCUGGAAGCCACCAGAGAGCAGCUUGAGUUUCACCUGGAUCAGAAUGCUUUGUUUUUCUCCUGCCUCUGAUGAAUUUGAGCUGACACUUUAUGCUGAUAGGCCUGAUUUGAAACAGCUCUAUCUGGAGAGCAGGUUCCACUGCAGGCAUUCCUGCUGCAUGACAGAUGCAACUGUUCUGAGCCAGCACUGCUUCCAGUGCCUCCAGCAGCUCCAUUCCAUUCCUCUUCCAGACAUUCAAUGUACAUUUAUACUCAUUAAUGGUAAGAAAACAAAUCUAUGGGGGAAAUAAAUUCCAUAUUCUCAUAUUUCAUCUGGACAGUUUGCCUUUUUUCUUGAAUUCAAAACCAGGUUUCCAAGGUUCUCCACUGAUUUCUCCAAUACAGAUAUCUAUUUUUCAUUAAAAAGAAUCACCUCUGGCUGCAGAGCCUGGCUUCCACUGGAUACUGAUGGAAUUCACAAACUAAGAAGAAAAUAAAGUUGUCAGUGGAUAUCAGACUCAGCCCCCAGGACUCAGCUGCUCUGGUGAAGGUUUGCACCAAGAAUAAUUCACUGUAUUAAGGCCCAAAAUAGUGAGUUUUGCUGUGAAUCUUUCUGGCUCCCCUAUCUCAAACCCCACUCUAAUUAAACCAAUAUUCUUAUGCAAACACACCUUGCAAGUGACCAUUUUAUUGCAAUCAUGGUUUUGUUAACAAAAGAGGUUCAAAGCCAUCAUUUAAUAAUAUUUCCCUUGUCAGGUGCCAGCUACUUCUCAGAAUGGGGCACCUCAGGCAAGAAAAUCUUUAGUAUUUCUGAGUUAUCCCAAUUCUAAUAUUUGGCAUCUUUAACACUGAAUGUGGGUCCAAUAUUAACUUUAUGCUGCACUAUAAUAUAAGGAGAAAUUGCAGAAAUAUUUUGGAGGUGCAAAGUUUUGUUUCUGUUAUUAAAAAGCAGCCUGUGCUUGCUUUGAUGCCUGCUGGAGAAUUUCCAGGGCUCUGGUUGGGGAUGACAAGAGUGAAGUGCAGGACAGGAGCAGAUGUGCUACUGGAAUAUAAGCAGGACAAAAAAUUAAAAGAUAUUCAGAACACAAAAAACCAUGACCAAGUGAAAGAAGCAAAAUAAAAACAACCUCAUCAAUGAAGAAGCACCAACCACAUUAAAAUUAAAAUUGACCUGUAACCCUGUUGAGAAAAAAUAAAUAUACAGAACCAA